GUGUACUCCAAAUUCCAUACUCCACUUUUCAAGUUAUUGCGUUCUCUUUUUUUCAUGCAAGCUAAGUUAGUUCUGUUAUUUUCUCCUUUUUUUUAUUUGUUUAGGUGUUAAAUUUGUAUUAAAUCUCUACAAUGCCACCAAGAGAAGAAAAUCAAGAAAUAUUCCCCACAACAAGUGUUGAAGGUGCUCCAAGCACAGACAUUGGAUGGCACUUCGGAAAGCCAGUUAGAGAAAAUCGGAGCCACGUCCAAUGCAAACUCUGUCAAAGAGUUUUGAAAGGCGGCAUCAAAAGAUUGAAGGAACACAUAGCACACAAGAAAGGGCAAGUUGCGGGUUGUGCUAGAGUGACCACAUUCGUAAGAACAAAUAUGAUGAACCUUCUUCUUGAUGGAAAGGCCAAGAAAAUAGACUCAAAAAAAAAAAAAAAAGAAUUUGAAGCACGCUUAAGAGGUGAAGAUGAUGAUGAAGAUGAGGAUGAUCCGGAUCAUAAUCUUAGAGAACAAAGGUCUCGUGAUGUGUCUUUUCAGUUGAGGUCUAGUAACAUUGAUCUUACACGGAGCAAAAGUCAGAAGCAACCAAAGAUCAAAGGAGGCUUCAUGAAGACGCUGAGGAAAAAACUUGGAGAUGCUGUAAGCAAGUUAACAAUUCAUGAACGUUUACCUAUGAAUUUAGCUAAUUCUCCAUGGUUGAAUAAUUUGAUUGUUGCUGCGGCUGAGGUAGGUGAAGGGGUCAAAGGCCCAACUCCUUAUGAAAUCUCUAACAUAUAUUUAGAGAAUUAAUAUAAUGAUAUGUGUGAGUGGUUGAAUACGUUGAAAGGUUCAUGGAAAGAAAGAGGGGUGACAAUAAUGUGUGAUGGUUGGACUGAUAAUAUUAGUCAUACUCACAUUAUGAAUUUUUUAGUGCAUAGUAGUAGAGGCACAAUUUUUCUAAAAUCGAUUGAUGCUUCUAAUGUUUCUAGUAGAAAUACUGAUUACUACUUUGAGCUGUUAGAUAAAGUAGUUGAAGAAGUAGGAGAAGAAUUUGUUGUACAGGUGGUUACAGAUAAUGAAGGGGCCCUAAAAGCAGCAGGGCGAAAAUUGAUGGAAAAGAGACCACAUUUAUAUGGCUAAAAUACAUUUUUAGUCCCUGCAAAUAUGGCACACUUUGUUUUAGGUCCCUGCAAAAUAAUUUUUUUUGUUUUUCAUCCCUGUAAUAUGCACCAUUUUGGUUUUAGUCCUUCUAAAAUUUCAAAACCACUCUACUCAGAAAAAAAUUUAUUUCUUGUUGCAUAGAUUUACUAGAAAUAUUUAAAUUUGUCCUUUUAUAAUUUUUUUGAUGCUAAUAUGAGACUAAAAAUAAUUUAAAACUAAGUAUUCACAUUUUAAAAAUAUAUAUCAAAGGCCUUCAUAAAAAUAAAAUAAAAUAUUUUUUUAAUAACAUGACAAAUAAUUACAGGAAAUGUAUUAGUCAGGGUUAUUUUGAAGUCAAGCAAAGAUUGUUAUCAUCAGUGAUGGACUAAAACGAAAACUAGCAUAAAUUGCAGGGACGAAAAACAAAAAAAUAAUUCUGCUGGGAUGUAAAACAAAAUGUACUAUAUUUGCAGGGACUAAAAACAUAUUUAAACCCAUUUAUAUUGGACUGCUUGUGCAGCUCAUUGUAUUGAUCUAUGUCUGGAGGACAUAGGGAAGAAGAAAAAUGUCCAGAAAGUAUUAAGUGAUGGCAAGAUUGUGACAACUUUUAUCUACAAUCACACUUGGACAAUAAAUCUGAUGACAAAAUAUACUGGAGGUAGACAAAUUGUUCGGCCUGAGAUUACCAGAUUUGCUACACAAUUCUUACAAAUACAAGCAAUUGUGGAGCAAAAAAGAGGUUUAAAAAACAUGUUCAACUCUGAAGAAUUUAGACGAUCUAAAUUUGGGAAAGAGAAAAGUGGGCCGGCAUUUGAAGCCAAAACAAUUGUUCUAGAUAAUAACUUCUGGACUAAGGCGAAUGACAUUCUCAAAAAGCGUGGGCUAAAAUGAAUCCAGGUAAAAUUUUACUUUUAAUUGUAUAUAUUUAUAAAUAUUAAUAUACAUUUAUUAAAUAUUGUCAUAGUUAAAAAAGUAUUUAAAUAAUUCUUUUGUGAUCUUUUUUAAAGCUGAGUGGUGGAUGAUAUAUGGUGGAUGUGCUCCAGAACUUAAACGUGUUGCCGUAAAAGUUCUAUGUCAAACAACGUCAGCAACAAAUUGUGAGAGAAACUGGAGCACAUUCAGCUAUAUACACACCAAGAGCAGGAACAAAUUGAAGUAUAAGAAGUUGCAAAAAUUAGUCUUCACCCAGUACAACAUGAAGCUUAAAAUGAGACAUCAGAUGAGGAGAAGUCAAGAAGAAAUCGAGGAGAGUUUUAAUCCGAUUAAUCUUGACUAUAUUUUCGAAGAAAGUGAUGCAUUAUCUCCAUGGAUUGAGGAGAGGGAGAAUCCAUUAUUAGACGGACUGCAAAAUUCUUCAUGGUUGCCUUUGAUGGACACCGAUGAUGAAGAUAUGGAAGGCAGAAAUGAUGAUGAUGAUGAUGGUGAUGGUGAUGAUGGUGAUGAUGGUGAUGGUGAUGAUGGUAAUGUAGGAUUCGGGGACCCCAAUAAUGAUGGUAAUGAUGACACUGCGAGUGAGAUUCAGACAGACUUCCAACCCACGAGGCGUUAUAGGAGUUUAAUUGAUAUGACUACCGAUCAUCCUUCAUUAUGCGAGAGUAGUGGAACCGGGUCAAAUAGGAGAAGAGGAAACAGACAUCAUAAUGUUCCAUUAGAUGAUGCAUCAUAUUCGAGUGUUGGAACGAAUUUCGGUUAUAGUGGUAAUGAUGAAUCUUCCAGUAGUACUCACUAUUAUGUGCCAUUUGAUCAGUAUCCCAAUGUCACCUCUUAUGAUCAAUAUGGAAAUGAUCAAGCUUCUUCAUACUACCAACCAUCCACAUAUCAAGAUCCGUAUUACCAAGAAACAAGUGGUGGAUUAUAUGAUUAUGUUUUCAUACAAGGAUAUUAUCAGGAUGAUGGUCAGAGUGAAAGCAGAGGUUGUGAUCCCCCACGCCACUCCACCAUGUGGUAGGAAGAAUAAUGGAAGUUCGCACUGAAGAUGCAUUUGUAGGUGGUGACGAUGUAGUAUUUGAAACUUUUUGUAACGUAUCCUUUAAUGUAACAAUCUAUUUAAUUUAAAGAUGUGUUAAGACUUGUUUAGUUUGAAGACAAUUUCAUUGUGUCUGUAAUAAAUUAUUCAGUUUAC